UGUGGGGCCGCCGCGAUGAUGCCAACACCGGUUAUCCUGCUGAAGGAGGGCACGGACACCUCCCAGGGAAUCCCCCAGCUGGUCAGCAACAUCAAUGCCUGCCAGGUGAUCGCCGAGGCCGUGCGCACCACGCUGGGGCCGCGCGGCAUGGACAAGCUCAUCGUGGAUGACCGGGGCAAAGCCACGAUCUCCAACGAUGGUGCCACCAUCCUGAAGCUCCUCGACGUCGUCCAUCCGGCCGCCAAGACCUUGGUGGACAUCGCCAAAUCCCAGGAUGCAGAGGUUGGUGAUGGCACCACGUCGGUAACUCUGCUGGCAGCCGAGUUCCUGAAGCAGGUGAAGCCCUACGUGGAGGAAGGGCUGCACCCCCAGAUCAUCAUCCGUGCCUUCCGCACGGCCACGCAGCUGGCUGUGAACAAGAUCAAAGACAUCGCUGUUUCCGUGAAGAAGGAAGAUAAAGACAGUGGAGACUCGCAGCUCCUGCUGCAGUCGGUGCCAGUGUUAAAUCUCAGCAAUUCCCUGAGGAUCAGAUCCCUUUUUAGCUGUUGCACAGAGGAAGGUAGAGAGUUCAUAGCAGUAAGGAAAGGACCCCUUCAGCUGAGUGAGCAGAGGAGCCUCCUGGAGAAGUGUGCAGCCACAGCCCUGAGCUCCAAGCUGAUCUCCCAGAGCAAGGAGUUCUUCUCCAAGAUGGUUGUCGAUGCUGUCAUGAUGUUGGACGACUUGUUGCAGCUCAAAAUGAUCGGAAUAAAGAAGGUGCAAGGAGGAGCUCUGGAAGACUCACAGCUGGUGGCCGGAGUUGCCUUCAAGAAGACCUUCUCCUACGCUGGGUUUGAGAUGCAGCCCAAGAAGUACCAGUCCCCCAAAAUUGCCCUCCUGAACGUGGAGCUGGAGCUCAAAGCUGAGAAGGACAACGCUGAAAUCAGAGUCAACACAGUGGAGGAUUACCAGGCCAUCGUGGAUGCCGAGUGGAACAUCCUGUAUGACAAACUAGACAAAAUCCACAAGUCAGGAGCAAAAGUGGUCCUGUCCAAACUUCCCAUCGGGGACGUGGCCACGCAGUACUUCGCGGACAGGGACAUGUUCUGUGCCGGCCGUGUCCCGGAGGAGGAUCUCAAACGGACCAUGAUGGCCUGUGGUGGAUCCAUCCAGACCAGUGUCAAUGCCCUGACAGAUGAUGUUCUGGGCCGGUGUGAACUCUUUGAGGAGACUCAGAUUGGGGGAGAGAGGUACAACUUCUUCACAGGCUGCCCCAAGGCCAAGACCUGCACGAUAAUCCUGCGAGGGGGAGCGGAGCAGUUCAUGGAGGAGACGGAGCGGUCCCUGCACGAUGCCAUCAUGAUCGUCAGGAGGGCCAUCAAGAACGACUCGGUUGUUGCCGGCGGUGGCGCGAUAGAGAUGGAGCUCUCCAAGUACCUCCGGGACUAUUCCAGGACCAUUCCAGGGAAGCAGCAGCUGCUGAUCGGCGCUUACGCCAAGGCCCUCGAGAUCAUUCCCCGCCAGCUCUGCGACAACGCCGGCUUUGAUGCCACCAACAUCCUGAACAAGCUCCGAGCCAAGCACGCACAGGGCGGGAUGUGGUACGGGGUGGACGUGAACAACGAGGACAUCGCGGACAACUUCGAGGCGUGCGUGUGGGAGCCGGCCGUGGUGCGCAUCAACGCGCUCACCGCCGCCUCCGAGGCCGCCUGUCUCAUCGUGUCCGUGGACGAGACCAUCAAGAACCCCCGCUCCACCGUGGAUGCCGCUCCCGGAGGCCGCGGCCGCGGCCGGGGCCGCCCCCACAACCACUGAGAACCC